GAUGUUCCAGUCAUUCCCACCUCAGAAAAGAACAAAACAGUGAUUGCUGGUCUCUCCGUUACACUUCGGUGUGGUCAGCCGCAUCAGACCGUCCAGUGGUACAGAGACAAAAGCAGUGUACCCCUAAACGCAAGAGGCCAAGAGCUAACCAUUCACAGUGUUUCCUCAACUGAUGAAGGGACCUAUUAUUGUGAGGUGGAUCAUGGUCUAAGAGUGUCCAUUAAAGUCCUGGUUGUUGGUAAGUCCAUGAAGGUUAAUUGGUCUAGAGCGUAAGCAAGGUUUGUAGAAUAGUUUGGCGAUGUACUUUCCCUUUCUAACAUGUUAUUUUUUUUCUCCAUUCUGUGAUCCUUGUAUGGUCAAGUGGCAAAGAUCUUUUUAGCGUGAAAGGACUUUCUUUAUAAUAGACAUGUACAGUUAUCAUCUUAGAUAGCAACUUUCAUAACUCCGCUAUUACAAUUAUGCUUUAAAAGUGCAUCAAUAACAUGACACAAUAAAACGAAUUUGACAUCACAAAAUCGAGACGCAAACAAACAAACAAUAGAAAAUGUAAGCAAUAUGUGGUGAAAACGAAAAGCGAAAAAAUAGAGAAAGAGGAAGCUGACAAAAAUCCAAUGACAUAACAAACACUAACAGCUCCUACAUUGGCACUAAAUGGCUCCUAAAGAUAUGUAUACUCAGCUGUCCAAUACUUUGGUGGUCCAUCAAAUGGACCGCCAAAGUAUUACAAAAAAUAUUGCCUUGCAGCUUAGAGAUAUGUUUUUUUUUUCAUUCUUUUCAUCAGAGCAUCCUGUUGUAACUGAAGUUAAAGGAAUUAUUCUUGAACAAAACGACAAAGCAAUGAUGAAAAGAGAACUUCUACUGCUUUGCAACACGGCAAACAGACACCCGCUAAAGUACGCAUGGUUUAAAGAUGAUGAACCGCUGAUUAAAGGACAGGACUCAAUCAAAGUUUCCUUGCAAGAUGAUGAAACCAAAUACACAUGUCAGGUGUCAAACAUUGCCGGAAGUGCUUCCAGAUCCUUGGUCAUCUCCCUCAUGGGAGGACCAGGUGAGAAGAUAGAUUCAUUUUUCUCAAAUCUUUAUCAAAAAUGCUUUCAUUUUCGGGUUAAACUACAAUGGGUUACAAAAUUAGUUUAAAAUUAUGUCUAAGUGGUACUUAUGCGUCAAAUAAUCCUUUUUCAGGCAAAAAGGGGUAAAAUUGCCAGUUUAGAGGGUUUAAAAUGCCAGUUUAAACAGUUUUGUCUCUGCAUCAGUUCAUUCUCAAUACAGCUCACAGCAAUGUUUGAUUCUGUCAGCGUGCAACGAAUUACGAAAACGGGGGGCCACAUUCUUCUUCUUACGUCCUCUUUCACCGAAGUGGCCUAUGACGCGUAAAAGUCUGAGGGAACAUUUAGUCACUUUGCAUCCGCCUUUCUAUGUGGCUUUUACAAAUGCCAUCUAUUUGAACAAUAGAGAAAGAUGUUUUUUCGUCUUGUCACGAGCGUGGGACAAAGAAAAAAUUGUGAGUCCCAAUGAGAAAUCGAACCUCAGACCUUCGGAUUCCGCGCUCCGAUGCUCUACCACUGUGACACAGAGACUCCACUGUGAGUAUGGUCUAUUACGAAGUUCACAUGACACGCGUCCUGCACACUGCUAGGAUCAGUAAUUAAACAGAUACAGUUUCUCUUCUGAUCUCUUGAAAUUACUGCACUAUUAUCCGAACAGAGGUUGCUUUUUUUAUAAAAGGACUUGUUCGCUUCCGAUGGGCCUUGUUUUUAGGAAACAUUAUCUGGACUAGAAAAAGUGUCUGUUCAUUGGGGGUGUUUUCAUGAAUUUGACAGAUGCGAAUAUAAGGGGAUUUUUCAGCCGGACAAAAGUCCCUAGAAUGGAGAUAUGGGGGUGCCCCUUCCCCCCCCCACCCCCCGAAACCUCCUCCCUUCGCCUGUAUUCGUACGACCAAAUAGUAUUGACAUCAGGAAGUUUGAGAAAAUCACAAAGCUAACUGGUGGGAAAUGACUGAUUAGAUUGUUUUUCUCGACACGAUCUCAUUUCGGAAAUGUUAAAUUGCACAGUAAAUAUUCUUGCUUUAAAAAAAAAUCCGGUUAUUAAUAUGAUUAUAAAGCUUUCCUUUUUUUAAUGUUUAACUAUUUUUUUUUCUAUCUUUUGAAGAAGUAUCAGAGGUCAGUACCGAUCGUUCCACAUCAACCAAUUUGGUCACCGUCAUUGCUGUUUUGUCCGUUCUCCUCAUAAUCUGCUCUGUUGUGGGUUUUACCCACAGAAAGAUCACAAAGUUAAUAACUGAGAAAAGGAAAUCCAGAAAAUUGACAGUACAGAGCACCUCCACUGAGAUGGCAACUGUGGAGGAAAUGGAGUCGCCGAGACCAGAGUCACGGACCGAAACUAUCACGCGUGAUAACGAUGAGGUUUUCCCAUAUGAUGUUAUAUCGACAUGGACUGAUUCAAACGGGCUUUACAUGAGCUUGAGACGCGAGGGAAACGGUGGCGAACUUGAAGAUGCCACGCAAGUUGCAAGAACUGACUAUACUAACAUUUCCCCCAGCAAUCGUAACAAUAGCGCAGCUAAUUGCAUGUACGCCCCACUGAUUCAUACUGCAGGACUGCAAAGUGCUAGAGAAAUAAAACGUCCGUACGUGAACGUGGACACCAUAGCGACUUCAUCAGAUAUGUAG